UUACAUUUAAAAUUCUUGUUGUGAAUUAUUUAAAAUCAGCUGGAUUGCUUUAAUAAUUUCAUCCAAAUCAUGUCGAAAAAUGGGAGAGUGAAAUUAAUCAAAUGAAAGAGUUUGUCUAGUGGAGUUAAGGAGUUAAGGAAUUUGACUUUGAAUAGAAUAUGAAAUCGAUAGUCAUGUUCAUUCUUUUGAUAAUCGAAUUAUAGAUACUUGACAGUGGGAUUUCCAGUAAUGGAAAACACCAUGUAGUUCCAACAGCAAACUUCAGCUGAAAACUGAUAGAAAGAUAAGCUAAUUUUUGACAAUAACAACUUAAAAUUUCCCAAAACACAGAUGACGGCGACCAUGUCCAGAAAUAGGGUUUAUAACCUUCUGUCAAUGUCGCAGGCCCACAAAGAUGUUACUGAUGAACGCUAUCGAGAUUUACGUCGUCCUCGGAAAGUCAGAUUCUUUGUAAAUGGAGAUCGCUACUUCAAAGGGAAGAAAUUAUACAUUACCCCUCACAGAUAUUUUAACUUCAAUGAUCUUUUGAAUGAUUUGACUGGAAAGUUACCAAAUAAUUUAAAUUUGCCUUAUGGUGUGCGGCAAAUCUUCACCCCCUCUGGAGGAAGACGUGUUACUGACAUAGAAGACUUAAGUGAUGGGUCGAGUUAUGUUUGUGCUGGAUUUGAAGGGUAUAAACAGAUACGCUAUGGAAAGGCUGAAUUAGAGCCUUGGUCAUUAGAGGGGCGUCCAGAGGGGCGUCGUCAGCUUGCCGGGGAUAAUGGUAAAAAAACACGUCCACAUCAACAUGAUCUUGAAGCAGAACAAGCUGGUUAUGCCCAGGGCUUCCGACACCGUGCUGGGAUGUUUGGAAACAAUGGUUUUCAUCCAGGACGAUAUUUUCAUGGUCAACAACCAACCAAAAAUAGAUGGGGAGGAACAUUUGGUAAUGCUACUAAAAACUCUUAUCUGUCAAACACUACUGAGCAUGUGCCACUGAAACCAAAAGUAGUGACAAUUGUACGGAAUGGUCCCAGGCCCAGAAACAAUGUGAAAAUACUUUUAAACCGAAGAAGUGUCCAGUCUUAUGAUCAAUUAAUGUCUGAUAUUGCUGAGGCUUUUGGCCCAAAAUAUAAAACAAAUAGGCUUAAGAAAUUAUUUAAUGUCAAAGGAAAAGAGGUUCAUGGUAUUUCAGACUUUUUCCGUGAUGAUGAUGUUUUCAUAGGUGUAGGAAAUGACAGUUUAACAGAAGGGGAUAUACAAGAUAUUAUAGAAGAGCUUUACCCUGAUAGUCCAUAUGCUAGGAAUUUAUUAAGGGAUUUGGAAAAACAACGUAAGAAGCGACAAGCAGCAUUGAAGGAUAGUGAAGCUGAUAAACGAGAUAGUGGUUUUGGUGAAGGUAGUGACGGAAGUAAUCGGGACCAAGAAGGAGAUUAUAUCAUUUAUAAAGGUCGUCCACAAGAAAAAGGGCGAAGACGUCACGAUUAUCCAAAGGAGGACGAACUAGCAAUGAGGCUAGACAAAGAUCGCAUGAAAGCUGCACAGGAGGAGAGGGAUCGGACAAAACGUCAACAGAAAAAAAUGAUAGAAUCUGAAAGAAGGGCAUUGGAAAAUGAAAAAAGGAAGCAAAAUCAGGUUCCAACAACAGCUAACAAACCAGAAGAUCCAUUCAAAAGAAUGAAGGAACAAAAAGAAAAAGAGAGAGAGGAGAUAAGAAAAAAGAGGGAAGAGGAAAGACAAGCCAGGAUAAAAGAGGAAGAAGCCAAAGAAAGAGAAAGAAGAGAAAAGGCUGAACAUGCAGCAAGGGAACGACAAGCUGCAGCAGAGAAAGCUGAACAUGAAAAGGGUGACAAAGAAAAAGCUGAACUUGAGAAACCUGAAAAACAGAAAGAAAAAGCUGAUAAUAAAUCAGACAAAGAAGAUAAUGAUAAAGAUUUACAUAAAAAGAGAAAAUCUAAGUCAAAGAUUGUACGCAAAACUAAAUUAGAAAGACAAGUUAGUAGUGAUGAACAUGUUUUGAGUCGCUAUGAAUUAGGCCGGACUCUUGGGGAUGGCAACUUUGCUAUAGUUCGACAGGCAAAGUUGAAAAACUCGAAUAGUGAAUAUGCUAUGAAAGUUAUAGAUAAACACAAGCUAAAAGGCAAGGAACACAUGGUUGAAAAUGAAAUUGAGAUUAUGAAAGACUGUCACCAACCAAAUAUUGUGAAAUUGUAUGAAGAGUAUGAAACUCAUGAUAAAAUCUACCUCGUGAUGGAAUUAGUUAAGGGAGGAGAUUUAUUUGAUGCUAUUACACAGAGUGUCAAGUUUGGUGAGGUAGACUCAUCACACAUGGUCAAAGACCUGUGUAAUGCUCUAUUUUAUCUUCAUUCACGGUCAAUAGUUCACAGGGAUCUCAAACCAGAAAAUUUAUUGGUUCACAGAAAUAAAGAUGGAACAAUUUCGAUAAAGUUGGCAGACUUUGGUUUAGCGAUGGAAGUAAAAGAAAAUAUAUACACAGUGUGUGGUACGCCAACUUAUGUAGCUCCAGAAAUCUUGUCAGAAAUAGGUUAUGGAUUGGAAGUUGACAUGUGGGCUGUAGGAGUUAUAUCCUAUAUACUGUUGUGUGGAUUCCCUCCCUUUAGAAGUCCAGACAGAAACCAAACAGAACUUUUCGAGUUUAUCAAAGCAGGAGAAUAUGAAUUCCUCAGUCCUUACUGGGACAAUAUUUCAUCUAGUGCUAAAGACAUGAUAGAACACUUGCUAGUCGUGGAUAGGAAGAGACGAUUUAAUGCCAUAGAUACUCUGUCUCAUCCAUGGAUACUUACAGGUGGUGACACAUCACAUCCUCAAGACAACGCCAAAGUAGAAGAAAUGCGAAGAAAUGCACGCAAGGAUUUGGAAUUACAAGCACGACUGGCAUUAGACUCUUAUCAGAAACAAAAAGAGAAGCGAUUAGCUGCUCUGAGUGCUGCAUAGUGAUAUUUUAUAUAGUGUUGAUAGGUUUCUUGGAUUUCCAGUUUAAUGGAAAAUUUAUCCUACAUUUUUUAACAUCAGAUUACACUGGAAAUAUUUUUAUUACAGUUUGAUAUUGAUUUGAAUAUUUGUUGACAUUAUCAGAGGACUUGAAAAUUGAGUUUUCAAUUAUUUGCAACAUUAAAACAUUGCUGUAUUUUAGUAUUCACAUGCAGCUUAGUCAGUUCUAAUGCAAAACUAUAAAACAUUCCCAAACUCAAUUGUGAAGUUCUAAGAUAGUCUGUGUCUCUGGUGUCAAUCUUAUUUAACACCAAUUGCAUGAUAAUUUCAGAAAGUUAAGCAUGGUUGGGAUGAAACAACAUGUCAUCUGCAUGAAAUAUCAAAUUAUUGGUAAUGUCAACUGACCAUAGGUUUUCUACAGGGUUUGGGAAUCAAUAUAAAAAGUGGUCAAAUAUUUUAAGUGUAAAUCAGUCAAAAUCAUUCCAUUUUCUUAAUUCACCAAUGAGGAAGAACAGGCACAUGCCUGGAAAAAUGUCACAUGAUUAGACUUUUUCAACCUCAAAGUUGAAACCACCAAUUUUCUGGAAUUUCAAUGUUGUGAAGUACCUGAAAAGUCAUCUGUCGUUGUAAUGGAUAUACAAACUAAUUGAUACUUUGGAUUGUAGUUUGUUAGAUGUGGAAGUCUGCAAGAAACCUUGAUUAGGGUACAUCUGUUUAUUUAAGCUGUCCAUAUAGUAUUUAUCUGAUAAUUUUAUAUAUGUUUUUGUCUCAAUACUUUAUACUGAUAGAGAUUUAUUUUUUAAUAAUCCGUCCAACAGUAGUAUUUUGCUCUGUGUUUUUUCUGUUAAUUUUGACAAUUUUUGUAUUUACACAUGACAAUUUUUGUUAAAGCUUUUUAACAUGUGAAUGGAUGUUCAUUAUGAAAUUUGGCUCUGUCGUAUUGUUCUACCUUUUUUUUUUAAAUUAUUUUUCAAAGUCAUUCAGUGCUGAUGUAGUAUGAAAAAGUAUUAUAGAGGCAUACAUGCAUUUCAAAUUAUAUUAUGAUUUUACAUCUAUUUAUUUGUUUUUGUUUGGAGGAGGCAGCUCUAUUGAAGUAACAUUGCCAUUUGCUCCUUUAAUAAGGAAAUAAUUGUAAAUUUGGAAAGCUUUAAUUUGAAAAAAAAUAUUCUGGUUUUUCUAGGAUGAGAUUUAAUUUUCUUUGUAUCUUCUUUCUUUCAUGACUUUAAAAAAAUAAUUUCAAAAUGGAUUUACAACUGUCCUUCCACUAUGAACUUUAAGCUGUGUUAAUGGUGUCUUGAAUGUAAGUGAAUGUGAUAUCGACGCACUACACAAGUAGUUUUUGUCUAUGUGCCAAAAAACAGAUUGUUUAUAUAUUCGUUGCUAUAACAAAGAUGUAAAUAUACUUGUUUCAAAUUCUGUGAUAUAAAAAUCUAUAAAAAGUGAUAUGUAUAUAUAUAUAUAAAUAUAAAUAGAAAUAUAUGUUAAAAUAUUUUUUCAUGAAAUGUAUGUGGUGAUGAAUUUAUCACAUUUCUCCAAAAUAUCAUUAUAUAUUUUAUCAUUACAACAAAAAGGAACUAACAGUUACAGAGUACAAAAGACUUGAGUUUAGGAUAUGAAUACCAUUUGAAUGGCAAAUGCCCAGUUAAAGAAAUAGUUACAGGUUAUCUCCCUUGGUACCUCCCCCCACUAUUUAUGACCUGUACUAAACAUAUCGUUACAUUGUUUGAGGUAUAGGGUUAUUGUUAAGUGUACAUUUUUGAACUGCUUAUGCAUGUAAUGUGUAAUUUUGUUUAAUGUCUAUUUUACACUAAAGAAUUUAAAAUUUCAGGAAAAGUUGUAUUUUGUUUUACUUUUGUUUUAUUCCAAUAUUUUUUAGUUUAGUGGUCAUUAAUUAUCAGAAUAUCACGACUUUUCAUUUGUUUUGAAAAUUCAUUGUUAAUGACAAAUUUUUAAUUAAUAAGAAAUUCGUAAUCAUUGGUUUCAUGAUAUCAAAACUGUAUGUGCUGUUAAUACUUUUUAGUAUUUAAAUGAAUAUUCAUUCAUUUCACUCAUACAUGUAUGAAUAUGUAAAUGACAUGCUUGCAUGAAUAUUCAGUGUAUAAGUGUCAUAAGAUUCCAUGUUAUUUCUAAGCAUAUUUGAUAUAUAUAUAUUAAAGUUGCUGUUUACUUACUUUUUUUUUAGACAAAAGACAUUUAAAUGGUAGUAAAUUUAAUUUAUUAAUAAGCUGUAUGAAGAUUAUUUCUUAGUACAUAAAUCUUAGGUAGACUCCUUUCCUGCUGAAGUGAAUUUUCAAUAUAUUAUUAAGUUAUUGAGAAAAAACAUUUUAAUAAAUUGAAAAAGAAAUCCACCAUAAUUUAUAUUCCAACAAAUAAUUUGACUAAAGCUAUGUUCAUUAAUUUCCAGUCCAUCUAACAAUAGCAUGUAGAAUGGGGUAAAAAAAUCUGUCCAGCUUUAUAUUGUUUUUAAUCUCCAUUCUAGCAAAUACUAUGUAAAACUGAAAAUAUUUUAUGUAUUUUGUAUAUGAAGGAAAUUAUUUUUAGGGCGAGACAAAGGUCUUUGACCUACAAAAACAUGAUGAUGUACAUUCAUUUUAUAAAUCAUUUUCAGUUUAUGAAAGAAGCCAGAAAAUCCAAUGUAUUCAAAUGGAGGAUCCUGAAAGGUCUAUUUCAAAUAAUGUCACUAUCACCAGGAGAAGGAGCCUGCCGUUAUUAGUCUUAUAAAAGCUUUGUACCAAUCAAAACAUAGCUUAGAAUUGUAUCUUUUACCAAUAAACAAAAUCCUAUUUACAAAUCUUAAUUAUAAAUAUCUUGUUGGAAUUAUUCAAAGUAAAAAAAAAACUAUUUUGUCCUGUAAUGAUGUUUAAAACAUUUUUGAUUUUUACUUUAUGGUUAAAUUAUGUUGUCAGGCUUUUUUUAACUGCUGGAAGAAUAUUUACAAUUCUCAUGAUAAAAUCUCAGGAUAAUUUUCAGGAUUGUAUUUAAAAAUAUAACGGAUACACUGUUGCAACGGUAUAGUCUUGUUACUAUGGAAAUAACUUUUCAUGUUACACUGGUUUAUUGGUCAAUAAUAAAAUAUAAUUCAUAAGUCA